CAUCAGUUCUACUUUUUGCCUUUAACAGGCUCUGUAUACGAGUAUAUAGUAAAAGUUUAUUAAUUUAACUUUUACUAACAAAAUUAAUUGAAGAGUUGGCAAACACGAACAUCUGUUUUUGAAUAAAUAAAAUAAAUAAAAUUAUAAAUAUUUUUGUAUUGUCUUCAACAAUAGUAUAGUUAAACAAAAAUUGUGUGUUUGUAAAAUAAAAAAACAGAACAGAUAAUAAAAUAAAAACCAAAACAAAAAUGACAUCAAUAACAGAUGCCUAUCGUUUAAAUUCAAGCAUGAAAUGUGCUAAAUACAUGCUCCUAAUUAUAAGUUUUAUGUUUGCUGUAACUGCAAUUCUUUUGAUUUUAGUUGGUGAAACAAUUCAAACAAUAUUUGGAGACUUCCGUCAAUUCCUCUAUGACUACUUCCUUUCGCCACCAACUUUGCUGAUAGCAACUGGAUUUCUUAUGUUCGUGGUUGCCACCCUUGGUGCAUGGGGUGCAAUUAAAGAAAGUGUUUUAAUAAUUAAUUUCUAUGGCGUUUCAUUGUUUAUUGUAUUUAUUCUUGAAGUUGCAGCAGCAAUUGCUGCUCUCGUCCUUCAAGGUGAUAUUCAUGUUAUGUUAGUACGAACAAUGAACGAAUCUAUGUAUCAGUAUGAAAAUAAUUCAUAUCUUCGAAAUGGUGUUGAUUUUAUGCAAACCGGGUUGGAAUGCUGUGGUAUUUUUAGCCCAAUGGACUGGAAGCCAUUCCUCGAGGAAAACAUUAACAAUAACCAAACAAAUGACAUCUAUGUGCCUCCAUCUUGUUGUAAAAAUAACAAAUUUGGUUUUAUAAAUAAUGAUUGCAGUGAAAAGUAUGAUACUGGUUGCUUAGGAAGGAUGCAUUUUAUUAUUUCCCAAAGUGCCAUGUUGAUUGCCACUGGUGCAAGCACAGUUGCAUUUGUUCAGCUUUUAGGAUCAAUCUGUGCAUUUAUGUUGGCUAAGACGCUGAGACGCAACAAAUCCAUCCGGGAAGCUCGUCGUUGGCAAUUACAACAGAGUUUGGGUGUUCUUAUAGCUGGUACAAAACCAUUAUCAAUGCCACAACAAGAGGGCUACCAACAAUUGGGUGAAAAAGAAAAAUAUAUGGAGGAGUACAAUGCCAAUAGCCCAAGCGUAAAUUAAUUCAUUAUUGGCAUUCUAAGCCGCAAAAAUACAUAAAAAAAGGACACAAAAGAUUAAAAAACCUAAAAUAGUGCCUUAAUCAAAUUUAAACAAUGUACGAGUAUAUAUUUGCAAAUAUUUUAUACACUUUGCAAGAAAAUAUAUGUAUUUUAUGAAUAAAAAUAAUAAAAAAAAUGUA